UAUAAAUAUACAGGCUCCACAACCAAAAAUAAUCAUCAAAAUUCAAUCACAAAUGGCAGCUCUAUCUCCAUUUCCCACCUUCAAUGAUCUCAAGAUCACAUUCCACCACAGCUCCCUCGUAUUCCCAUCGCAAGAAAUCCCCCAAAAAUCUGUUUUUCUAUCUAACAUCGACCAAAUUCUCAACUACAAUAUCCCAACGGCUCAUUUCUUCAAGCCAAAUCCAGAUUUCCCCUUCGAAAAUGUCGUGAAACGGCUCAAAAUGGCACUCGAAAAAGUGCUCGUGCACUAUGAUUUUAUGGCUGGAAGGCUCAAACUGAACAGCCAGACCGGCCGCCUAGAGAUGGACUGCAACGGAGCCGGGGUCGGCUUCGUCGUGGCGUCAUCCGAGUAUUCGUUGGAAGAGAUAGGGAGCUACUUGGUUUAUCCAAACAUUGGAUACGGGCAGCUUGUUGCGCAAAGGUUGGAGAAUUUGGCACCUGAAGUUGAACAACCAUUGUGUUUUUUUCAGAUAACAUCAUUCAAAUGUGGUGGUUUCGCAAUCGGAAUAUGCACCAAUCACAUCUUACUCGAUGGGCUAGGCGCCAAAUUCUUCAUAGAAAACCUAGCUUCUCAAGCCUUCGACGACAAACCCUUAGCCGUCGUCCCUUGCAACGACCGCCGCCUCCUCGCCGCCAGAUCUCCGCCGCACGUGUCGUUCCCACACCCCGAGUUCCUCGACCUCCACCUCCCUGUCGGAGAGGGCUCGUCUCCGCCGGUCUUUGACUGCGGCAGAGAGGAGCUCGAUUUCAAGAUCUUCAAGCUGAGCCUCGCCGACAUCGCCAAUCUAAAAGAGAUGGCCAAAACCGCCGCCAACGCGAAGAUCAGCAGCUUCGGGGUGGCGGCAGCCCUCAUAUGGCGGUGCAAAGCCCUCUCCGGCGGGGGCGAGAGAGCUAGGGUUUCGACUUUGCUCAACGUGGUUGAUAUUAGGCCGAGGAGAAAUCCGCAACUGCCGUCCGCGUAUAGUGGCAACGCGGUGCUGCCGGUGGGGGUCUCGGCCGCGGCCGAGGAGCUCGAGAACGGGCCGUUUUCGGCGGCGGUGGAGAUGGUCUCGAGAGGGGCGGAAGUGAUGACCGAUGAAUACAUAAAAUCGGCGUUUGAUUGGAUGGAGGUGCAUAGAGGGGUGCCCCAUGGCGAUUACAUGGUUAGCUCGUGGCUAGGGUUAGGGUUCGACCGGGUCGGGUACCCGUGGGGGAAACCGGUUUAUUGUUGCCCGGUGGUGAACCAUCGGAAGGAUAUAUGUUGGAUAUUUCGCGACGCCGUCGAUGGUGGGAUUGGGGCAAUGGUGGCUUUGCCUAGUGAAGAGAUGGGGAGAUUUGAUGGUGUGUUUCAAGAGUUCAUUAAACAAUUGGGAAGUAGUAAUUGAUUGAUAUGUGAAUGUGAUGGCACUUUAAUUUCUUUUAUUGUUGUUUAGUUUGUGUAACGUUGUAACGUUGUCCGUGCGUGUAUCAUGAUGUAUCAUGUAUUAUGGACUCUAUUGAUUGAUAGG